AAUCCUUCUCUCAGCAUGUUCUUCCCCCCGUCGCUGCAGAUCCGGCUGGUGGUGGAGGAGGGCCUUAACCAGUUCCUCUACUCUAUUUCAUUACGUUUUUAUAACUUUCUAUUAUUUUCUUACACCUUCACAUUAUCCAGUACGUACCAGACUUUACCUAACAAUCCUUCUCUCAUCUUGUUCUUCCUCCCGUCGCUGCAGAUCCGGCUGGUGGUGGAGGAGGGCCUUAACCAGCUCCCAUACUCCGAUCUCACCAUCACCACGCCCACGGGAUGCCAGUACCAGGGCCUACAGUUCGUCAAGGGCAACUGCGGCGUGUCUAUCGUUCGCUCCGGGGAGGCCAUGGAGCAGGGUCUUCGGUCGUGCUGUCGCUCCAUCCGGCUGGGGAAGAUCUUAGUGGAGUCUGACUUGGAGACACACGAGGCGCGGGUCGUCUACGCCAAGUUCCCGGACGAUAUCAGCCAGCGGAAGGUCCUCCUCAUGUACCCCAUCAUGAGCUCUGGCAACACUGUGAUCAAGGCGGUGAACGUGCUGCAGGAACACGCCGUCGAGGAGGAGAACAUCAUCCUGCUCAACCUCUUCUCCACGCCCGCCGCGGCACGCACCGUCACCAGCGCGUUUCCCAGGAUGCACAUCCUAACAUCAGAGGUCCACCCCGUCGCCCCCAACCACUUCGGCCAAAAAUACUUCGGCACCGACUAAUAGUGAGAGGUAUGGAGGGCGGCAGUGAGGGCGGGUGGACGGAAUCUGCGGCGCGUGGACCCACCGAACAUCCGGACAUGCCAGACUUGUGGGAGAGUGCGGCUUACUAUAGCUACUGUGGGGGCUUGGGGUACCUUACUAUGCAUGGCUGAUAAAGGUAGUCCCACAUACGGCAGGGUCAGUCAACACGCAUACAAGGCCAUAACCAAGAGAGAGAUACAGAGAGAGGUUUACUGUUUUGUGGGAGCUUAGGUAACUGCCAUACCGUACCUAUAAAGACAAUCCCACAUGAUGCAGGGUCAACCAACGUGUUUACAAGAUCAUUUUCAAGAUAGAUAGAAAGACAUACAGAAGUUUUCCCGUAUAGUAAGCUAUUGGACACCCUGCCAUACCGUACCUAUAAAGACAAUCCCACAUGAUGCAGGGUCAACUAACGGGACUUGUAAGAUGAUUUUUAAGAGAGAUGGAAAGACAUAGAGGUUUUUCCGUAUAGUAAGAUAUUGGACACCCUGCCAUACCCUACCUGUAUAAACGAUCCCACACGACACAGGGUAAACCAAUACAUAUUAAGAUGAUUU